AUGGGGACCACAAACCCAUCACCACCCUCCGCGCCCUCGCGCAGCCCAACCACCACCACUGUUCCCAGCGAACCGAAUCACCAAGACCCAUCAACCUUGAAAUCAUCAUCCACAUUCUCAUCGACCUCCUCCUCCUCUUCCUCUUCCUCCACAUCCUCCUCCGUCGUCACCGCCAUCCAGCAAAAUGUCUCAUCCCUCGUCGGCCCCCAUAUCGACCACGUCAAGGGCGCAGUCAACGAAAAUGUCACUCCCGUUGCCCAGGAAGCGCUGCAAUUAUCGCAGCGGACCGUGCGUGAAAUUGUCAACCAGAUCUAUCCCGAGCCGGAACCGGAGCCUCAAAAGGGCCUCGAUCCAUCGCAUCCCGACUACCAUCAAAUCGAUCAGAUGCAUGAUGAGCAAGUCUGUGACUAUCUCCGGCAUAAGCAUCGCAGCACGGCAUCGCAGCCGUUGCAAAGGCUGAAACGGGAUUCCUAG